GAGCCCUGCUCCCACGCUCUUUCGCCGACUUUCUCGACGCUCACUCUUUUGCGUCUGUCACUCGUUUGACCAUAUACAAAUUGCAUCUUGCCAGAAUUUCUCUGAAAAUCCACCAUGAAGUUCAGCACUGUCAUCUCCUCCAUCAUCUGCCUGGCAGGUUCCCAGCUCGUCGCUGCGGAUAUCAACACCACCAGCACCUCCACGGUGACCACCUACAUCACCCAGACCCUAGUCCACGUCGACACCGUGACUCCCACCAGCAGCGUGGCAUCGACCUCGGUGCCCGUCAUCCCGGCCAGCCAUGCUAUUUCGAGCAGUAUCCGGGUUGCCAGUUCUAGCUCUGUCGCUGCCAGCUCCUCUGCUCCGGCAUCGGUGACCGUGAGCUCCAGCAUCUCCAGCGCCACCGCUGACUCCGCGUCUUCCACCCCCGCCGUGAGCCACUCCGGCGCCGGCAACAUGAACGCUCAGAUGCCCAUCGCGCUCAUCGCCGGCUCUCUGGCUCUGAUCGUUGGGGCUCUCUAGCCUCUUACCACACCGCCAGCUGCCAAUCAAUCCUCUUCACGCGCAGGAUCCUUGAGAGGACACCCACUAUUUUCAUUACCUUCACAUACUUUAUCUCUGCUUCUCCCGC